ACUCAGUGAGUUUUCAGAGUGGUGGAAAACUAUUGAUGGCGGUAGUGCUGAAGAUGAGACUUAAAAGCUGGAUUUUCUUCAUACUUAUGAUGAGUUCAGGCAAAAUCUUUGCAGAAGAUGAACCUUGCAGUUUGCCACACAUAGAAAAUGGAAAGAUUGCCCAGUACUACUAUAAUUUCAAAAGUUACUAUUUCCCUAUGCGCAAGGGAAAAAAGCUUUCCUAUUCUUGUGUGGCUGGUUAUACAACUGAAACUGGGAGUCAAGAUGGAAGAGUGACUUGUACAGUAAAAGGAUGGUCUCCAAUGCCACAGUGCUACAAAAAGUGUAACAAGCCUCUUUUGGAAAAUGGCCUUUUUUAUGGUACGGAAGUGUACUUCAAGCUACAGGAGAAACUGAAAUACAAAUGUAAUUCAGGCUACUACACUCCAAGCGGUGGAACUGAAGGAACGGUGCAGUGCCAUCCUGCAGGAUGGUCCUCCCAGCCGAGCUGCACUAAAAAAAGUGAGUCCUGUCAAGUACCCGCUUUACAUCACGGCUCCUACCUCACAACGCAGCGAGUGCUGCAGGUGAACGAGACGCUGCGGUACAAAUGCGCCGAGGGCUAUCGAACCGCCGGGGGACAGGCGGCCGAGGAAGCGGUGUGUCUAGCGCUGGGCUGGUCCCUCACGCCAAACUGCACGAAAACGAGUUACUGCUCUUUGAGUGCAAUAGAACACGGAGGUUUCUAUCCUGUGAAGAAAAUCUAUGACGAGGGAGAUGUAGUUCACUUUUUCUGUGAGAAAAAUUAUUCUCUUAGUGAAUCUGACCUAAUUCAAUGUUAUCAUUUUGGAUGGUAUCCAGAACCACCAAUAUGUGAAGACCUGAGAAGUAAAUGCCCUCUUCCACCUCUUCCUCCUCACACCCACAUCAGCACAGCCUUAAGAACAUACCGUAAUGGAGACAAAGUUCGAAUACAGUGUCAGAGUAACUUGGAAAUGCGAGGCCCAGAGCAAAUCCAGUGCGAAAGGGGAAAAUGGACAUCGCCCCCUGUUUGUAUUGGAGCUAUGGAUAGAUGGGAAUCUGAGCCACCACCAUCGCUUGAGGCAGAUACAGCAAGAACAAACAAAACAUAUCACAGUGAAGAUAUAAAAAUGCAGCAGGAGUGUGCCUCUCCACCUGUGAUUAGAAAUGGUAUCCUUCUUGGCCCAUUACUGAUGAGUUACCAAAACGGCUCCUCAGUGGAAUACAGUUGCCAGCGCUACCAUGUUCUGGAUGGACCUAGUACUGUUUACUGUGAACGAGGAAACUGGACCCCACAACCAACUUGCUUAGAACCAUGCACUCUUAAUCCAACCAAGAUGAACAGUAACAACAUAGAGCUAAAAUGGAGACAGGAAGGAUUAAUUUUCCUACAUGGUGAUCUCAUAGAGUUUGAAUGUAAACCAGGAUACAAUUUUCCCGAAACUACCAUAGCAUCUCCUGGAAGGACACAGUGUAACCGUGGAGGAGUGAAAUAUCCAAAAUGCAUUGCGGAAGCUCCUAUGGAAAAAUGUGGCUCUCCACCUUUUGUAGAGAAUGGUGCUCUUACUCUCCCAGCCCUGGCUGAGUACGACAGUGGUUCUUCCGUUCAGUAUAACUGCUCUGACUAUCACACCUUGCAAGGAUCUGACAGGAUCUACUGUUCUAAGGGACAGUGGAGUUCACCACCAGUUUGUAUAGAACCAUGCACUUUGUCAAAAAAUGAAAUGGAGAAAAAUAAUGUGAUGCUGGAAAGUUUUUAUGCAAAUCAAAUUUACUUUUACCAUGGGGAUUUUGUUGGAUUUUACUGUAAACAGAACCAUUUUGGAGCAGAAUCUGGUACAACUUUAUUUCAAGUGCAGUGUAAGAGAGGACGGCUGAUCUAUCCAAGGUGUAUAGAAAGAGGAAAAUAAGUCCAUAUUAAUGGCAAAG